UUUCUGAAGACUUCAGCUUAGGAAAGCUGUAGAUUGAGAGGGAGGGAGGGACAGACAGACGGUCAAAGAAGGCAUGUGUUCUCUAGAGAGAGCUGGACUUCAGUAGAAGCACUCAUUCAUCUGCACAGCACUGUGUUUGCAGAGGAAGCCGUACACAAGAGCAGUGAGCAGCCGAGAUUUCCAUAAGAUGUUGGGGAUCGUUGAGUUGUUCGUAGCCCUGGUUGCCUCCCUGCUGCUCUUGCAGUUCCUGAAGCUGCAGUGGAUGCGCAGCCAGCUCCCUCCAGGACCAGUUCCUCUCCCCAUCAUUGGGAACUUGUGGCUGCUCGACUUCAAACUUCGCCGAGAAACUCUCGCUAAGUUAACCAGCAUCUAUGGCAACAUCUACACAGUGUGGAUGGGACAGACACCCAUGGUUGUACUGAAUGGGUACAAAGCAGUAAAAGAUGCCAUCGUCACCCACUCAGAGGAGACUUCUGGAAGACCUCUCACCCCGUUCUACAGGGACAUGAUGGGCGAAAAAGGCAUUUUCCUGACAAGCGGCCACACCUGGAAGCAACAGAGACGCUUUGGGAUGACCAUUAUACGGAGCUUAGGAUUUGGGAAGAACAACUUGGAGCACCAAAUUCAAAUGGAGGCCUCUCACCUUCUGGGUGCCUUUGCAAACACAAAAGGCAAGCCUUUCGACCCCCGCACUUCCAUCACCCAUGCUGUUGCCAAUAUAAUUUGUGCUGUUGUCUUUGGCCAUCGCUUCUCCAGUGAGGAUGAGUCUUUCAGCAUGCUUAUCAAAGCUGUUCAUUUUGUGAUCUACUUCCAAGCUACUAUCUGGGGCAGGAUGUAUGAUGCUUUCCCAUGGCUUAUGCAUCACUUCCCAGGACCACAUCAGAAAGUGUUUGCAUACAGUGACUUCAUGCACAAUUUAGUUAUGAACGAGGUUCAGAUGCACGAGAGAGAGAAGGCAGGUGAUCCACAGGAUCUCAUUGACUUCUAUCUAACCCAAAUAGCAAAAACCAAAGAUGACCCCACCUCUACGUUUAAUAAAGACAACAUGGUUCAGACUGUGGUUGAUCUCUUGCUGGGAGGGACUGAAACGACAAGCACCACCCUCCUCUGGGCACUGCUCUAUAUGGUACAAUACCCAGAAAUACAAGAAAGAGUUCAAAGAGAGAUAGAGGCUGUUCUGGAACCUUCCCAUGUCAUCAGCUACGAAGACCGCAAAAGAUUGCCCUAUACAAACGCUGUGAUUCAUGAGACUUUGAGGUACAGCAACAUCACUUCUGUGGGGGUCCCUCGACUGUGUGUGAGGAAUACGACUUUACUGGGCUUUCACAUUAAAAAGGGCACACCUGUGCUGCCAAAUCUGCACUCUGUGGUGUAUGACAGUGACCACUGGGCAACCCCUUGGAGGUUCAACCCAAACCAUUUCCUUGAUGUGGAUGGCAACUUUGUGCACAAAGAGGCAUUCUUACCCUUCUCAGCAGGGCACCGUGUGUGUUUGGGGGAACAGAUGGCACGUGUUGAACUGUUCAUCUUUUUCACUAAUCUGCUUCGGGCAUUCACAUUCCAGCUCCCUGAAGGAGUAAAGGAAAUCAACCCUGAGUACGUUUUGGGUUCAAUACUGCAGCCACAUCCAUAUGAAAUCUGUGCUGUUCCACGUUAAUCUGCAACAUACCAGAAAGCAGAGGGACUUUGACCUGUGAAUAACUGCAGAAUAAAUAUCACCAUCUUAUCUGUAUUCAAAUUCAUGUAGCUCAUCAGAAAGAAUUAACAUAGAAGUAUUUCUAUUGAGGAAGGCUGAGCUCAUGCAGAUGAGCUUUCUGAAACUAGAAAAUCACACUUACCAAAGCUCAAAUAACCACGCCGUAGGUAUAUACAAUUACUCUGAAGUGUUACCAUAUUAACACACUCACAGUAACAAUUAAGCAGGUGUAGCAUUUUAGAGAAGUGAUCUGUAACAAAAGCUUCCUGCACAUGCACUCGGUAACACAUCACAUGUGAAAUGGCACAACUGUUCCAACACAGGAAGGAUGCCUGAAAACACCUUUUGCUUCAGCACAAUUACUCCUCCCUGUUUACAGGUCUUUCUUGCUCCCUCCUGCAGAAGGUUCCAUGGUAUAUAACCUCUGUUUUGACUCCUCUUCCUCACCCGCUGCCUGAGAACACUUCAUAUAGCAGUGUCAGCUUCACACAUACAUCAGUGUUGGCAGAAUGCAGUCUCUUACCAUCAUAUUCCAUCUGGAAGUACAUGCACCCUUUUUUCUUUACUACUUCCCAUAUUUGUUCACCAUCACAACGACCAGUAAUUUGCUCUUUGAAGACAAGUAACAGCCCUUCAAGAAAAGAAGAUGUCAGUAUUUGUCAAAGCAAGCACAGUAGAGAUCUACCACCCACAGCCUUCUCUUGUUGCCCCAUACUUCUACAAGAGUGGAAAGCUUGGACCACUUAAUAUUCAACCGUGGCCAUCCUAAAUGCUCUCAGCUUUCCAAAUUCAAUAGGGACAAACAGAAGUUAUGCUAAGCUAAGGUGUCAUUAAACGCAAAAGUGGAAAGUUACUUACUUCUCAGACAUAAAACUAAAGGAAAACUUCUUUCUCCUCUCUAACAUUGCCAACUAGCAGCAUCCACUUGAUGAGAACCCCAGGGCUCAAACACGCUGUAAAGUUUGCUACUGCAGAACAAAUAAAGACUUGACAUUCAUGCA